UCCACCAUGAAUCCGCUGCUGAUCCUCGCCUUUCUGGGAGCGGCUGUUGCCUUCCCCACGGACGACGAUGACAAGAUCGUGGGGGGCUACACCUGCGAGAAGAAUUCCGUCCCCUACCAGGUGUCCCUGAACUCCGGCUACCACUUCUGCGGGGGCUCCCUCAUCAGCGACCAGUGGGUGGUGUCCGCGGCUCACUGCUACAAGUCCCGCAUCCAGGUGAGGCUGGGAGAACACAACAUUGACGUGGUGGAGAGCGGUGAGCAGUUCAUCAAUGCGGCCAAGAUCAUCCGCCACCCCAGCUACAACAGCUGGACCCUGAACAAUGACAUCCUGCUGAUCAAACUCUCCUCGCCUGCGGUCACCAAUGCCCGGGUGGCUGCCAUCGCUCUGCCCAGAGCCUGUGCACCUGCUGGCACCGAGUGCCUCAUCUCUGGCUGGGGCAACACCCUGAGCUCUGGCUCCAACUACCCGGAGCUGCUGCAGUGCCUGGAGGCGCCACUGCUGAGUCAGGCUGAGUGUGAAGCCGCAUACCCCGGAGAGAUCACCAACAACAUGGUCUGCGCCGGCUUCCUGGAGGGAGGCAAGGAUUCCUGCCAGGGUGACUCUGGUGGCCCUGUGGCCUGCAACGGAGAGCUUCAGGGCAUUGUCUCCUGGGGCUACGGCUGUGCCCAGAAGGGCAAGCCUGGGGUCUACACCAAGGUCUGCAACUACGUGGACUGGAUUCAGCAGACCAUCGCUGCCAACAGCUAAAGCCCCUACCCGCCCCCCCCCCCAUCGUUAUGCUAAUAAAGUGACU